CUAUCUGUAUAUAAAAUGGCAAAAAGAGAUAGAUUGGGUGACGCGGCUGAAAUGACGAAAAUGAUGGACAUAAAUUUAAUUGAGAAUACAAACGUGCUCACGGAAGACAGCAGACUCCCACAGAUGGAUUACGCGCAAGAAGCUGUUUCCAAGUGUUCAAAUGCAUUGGGCUUAUGCACAACAGAAGGUGUGAUACUAUGUGCUGAAAAAGAUAAAAACCAUUUAUUAGUGAUGUUAGAGUCUGCGCAGAAAUUAUUUCGCAUUGAUAGUCACAUGGCAGUGGCCGUUAGUGGAAUCUAUGGUGAUGAUCGUCCACUUAUAAAGGCAGCUCGCAAGGCGUGCGCGGACUUCAAGUUUGUAACGGAACAACCUUUACCGGUCAAGGCAUGUGCAUAUGAAGUAUCAAAACUUGCUAUGCAAUUUGGUAGCAGUUGUCAUGGUAGUUAUGGGAGGUCUCGUCCAUAUGCAGCGACACUAAUAUUCGGUGGUAUGGAGAAAGGUGAAGCAGCUUUAUGUUUAUUAGACGUAUUUGGUGACCAUAGUCGUUGUGAAUUUGUUGCAAUCGGCGCAGGUGGUGAACUAAUGCAGAAGGCAUUGCAAGAACAGUUCAAGAGUAACAUGAAUUUAGAAGAAGGGAUUCGUUUGGCACUUUCGAUUAUGAAGCUUGCAAAGAAAGAUGAAUUUAUUAGCUGUAAUAUUGAACUAAUGACUAUUACACCAGAGCCCAAAAUACGUUUUUAUGACUAUGAACAAGUGGUUGCAUUAUAUUCAACAUUUGAGGAACCUACAGAAACCGAAAAUAAUUAAUUAUUUAGA